UCACCUUUACGGCCGUCACCUGCACGUUAAUUAAAACCCUUAAACACGACGAUUAGAACUCAACCAAGCCGAUCCGAUCCUUCACAUAGACAGGACACGAGAAGAGGAGGAGGAGGAGGAGGAGAGAAAGAGGAGGAGGAGGAGAGGAGGGGCUAUCAUCCUCCCCUCUCCUCCUUCUCUCCCUCCCUCACUGGCCUGAUGGACGUAACAAGUUUUAAAUCAUUUCCUUCCCUUCUCUUUUUCUCUCCCAGGACUCCUUACAUCUCAUCAGGAGGGGAAAAUAACAUGAAAAUGGACACCGAAGUUAGGGCGGCAGCAACGGGAGGAAGGAGAGAGUGAGAGAGAAAGAGGAGGAGGACGAGGACAAGGAGGGGAAAGCAGAGGAAGGAAGAGGGUGGAGGGUGAGAGGAGCCGAGUGAGGGGAGCUGAGGGGAGGUGGGAGGCGAGAGUGCCGGUGUGUCGCGGUGAUUGGCUGGCUGAGGGCGGUGGGCGUGGCCUGCUCGGCGCGCACGGCUACUCCACCUUCUAUAAAUCCUUGCUCAUAACUGCUGUCAUUAUUAUUUCCUAAUUACUCUUGUCUCGGCGGCUCGCUGGCUGGCGGCGCAAGGACACACAGUCGACGGAUCAUCGUGGGCGGCGGGCUGGGCAGUGGCUCCUCAACACACCGCUGCACACCACCACCACAACCACCACCACCUCCGUCACCAACACGCCACCACCACCACGACUGCCGCCGCCAGCACUCCUGACGCAGACGGACACGCCGCCGCCGCCGCCAUACACAGCACUCAGCCACGCCUGUAAGCUAGCACCGCCUGACAACGCCUCCGGCACCUGCUGACGGAGGCCGCGACGAGGCACACGCGGCCGCGGGAGCCACACGCCGGCAUCCUUGCCGCCGCUACCAGCGGGACGCCGCUGUGACCGAGGCCUCGUGUCACCGCCGCCGCCGCCGCCGUUGCAUAGCGAGGUGAGUUCCGGCCUGUCCAUCAUCACCAGACGGAGUGACGUGGCACUGGGCACUCCCACGCCGGUGGUGCCUGUCCCACGCGGUGCCUCACAAGCCACCACACGCCGAGCCACGCCACCCCACUACCCCGCGAGAGGACACAACACACGCAUCCCCUGGCAGCCGCUCCCCUGCCGCACCACCAACACACCACCAGGCCAGUAGCGGAGACUCACUCAACACCACAACAAGCACCACCAGCGGGCCUCCAGCAGCAGCACCACCACCAUCACCACCAGCAUCGCCACCCUCCCCUCAGAGUCCCCGGCCUCCUCCACCACAUCCCCCACCAGCCUCUUCGGGGGCAUGGCGGGUGGCUACCUGGGCGGCGCGGGAGGGCUGGGGGCCGGCCUUCCCCCCCUCCCCACCGAGAUCCUGAUGGACGAGUACAUGUUUGGCCGCCGCAGACAGAGACGCAACCGCACCACGUUCACGGCGCAGCAGCUGAGCGAGUUGGAGGCCCUGUUCCAGCGCACGCACUACCCCGACGUGUUCCUGCGGGAGGAGGUCGCCUGUAGGAUCAACCUGUCGGAGGCGCGCGUUCAGGUGUGGUUCCAGAACCGGCGGGCCAAGUGGCGCAAACAAACGAGGAUGCAGUUCGUUCAGGACGCGUGGCGGCUCCGCUACCUGGGCCUGUCCCCGCCGGCCUGGCUCACCCGGUCUCCCCCGCCCCCUCCCGGCCCCGCCAGCCCCACACCGGGGCGGGGCCAGGCGCCGCUACCGUCGCCCCCACUUCCUCUCCCGCCAAGCUCCGCCUCCGAAGCCCCGGUGGGCGGGGAGAGGACACCGGUAAGCACCGCCCCGCGACGCGCCUCACCGCCCCCCACAGUCACCUCCGCCCCGCCAACCAGCCUCUCCGCCGACGAGCACUUGGCCGUCGCUACCAGCAUUAGCAGUCUGGGCGCGGCGGCGGCAGCGGCGAGCCUCCGGUGGCGCGGGGAGGAGCACGUGGGGUGCCUCGGGGCGGGCCUGUGCCCCUGCCUCAGCCACGCCUCGCUGCACGAUCACCCCCUGCUGCCCCGCCUCGCGCUGCCCAUGCACCUCGCCCACACACAGCUUGGUAGUCGUCCUUCCUCCCCUGAGAAGCGACCGCUCGGGAGGGAAGCCGAGGCCCCCCUGCCUGUCCCGCCCCCCCGCCCCGUCCCCCGCCACGUCAACGACCACCACAACGACGACGACGAGGAGCUGACCGUGACCCCGGAAAGCGACGAUGACCUCACGCCCACUGACCUCUCCGCUACCAUGACCUCGAAAUAGGGUAGUCUUUAGGGACAUACUGUGACCCUCCAUUCCCCUCCCCUCCCCUACCUCCAUCACCCCAUUCUCGUUCCCACCACCCAUAACCUUCAACAUUAUCACCACUAUCACCCAAAACAUUAUUCAUUUUUCCUCACAACCACAACCGCCUCCGCCUCCUUCAUCAUUACCUUUUCUUUCUCCUUUCACUUUCAAUUCUCACUCUUCUUUCUCUCCACAUCACAUUUUUUUCAACUUCCAUCUCUCCAUGCAUGCUCUUCCUCCCUCCCCCUCCCAUUCCUCCAUCCCCUUCCCUCUCCUCCUUCCCUUCCUCAUAUAUCUUCCCCUUCCCUUCCCAUUACCUUGAUUUUCACUCCACGCCAAAGAAUUACUACUCUUAAGUCACAAUAAUCUAGUAGUUAUGAUGUAGCCUUGAGUUUCCAUGGUAGCGCUGGUUUGUACAUAAUAUACUAUAAUAACAAUAAUAGCCUUAAGACUCUCUUGGUAAAUUGCUUUUGAUGUGAGAUUCUGAUGACCGUGUGUAUGUACGUCUGUGUAUUGUUGGCUGUUUAUUUUUCUCCCUUGUUGUAUACGCAUAGAAAGAGAAAUAUUGAUUGGUUUUCCCCUGUGUGUGUGUGUGUGUGUGUGUGUGUGUGUGUGUGUGUGUGUGUGUGUGUGUGUGUGUGUGUGUGUACAAUGAGCCUCAAACUCCAGUCAUUAUCACAACUCAUCGCCAUAAAACAAAAAGAUGUAAAAAUAUGCAACAAGAGAGAUACAUUACCCCUUCACAUAACGUAAUACAUCAGGCAAAAGAAAUGCACACCAGUGGUCAAUAUGUGUGGAGCUGAAUCUAUCAUUUCCUCCACGCUUCUUAUAUGUUCAUUCAAUCGUGUGUUUUAACGUGAGAAAACGAAUAAAGUUUAACAAUUCGUCAUCAUUAAGAGACUGAUUUAAGUGCAUGGCUGGACAUCAAAUUCAUUUACUAAUUGUUCCACUUCCUUUUAAUAUAUUUUUUCGGGUGAUUUGAUAUCUAAGUUCCAUUCCUUUUUAUGUCCUUUCUCUCCUUCCUUAUAAUCACCAAUAGAAACUAAUCAUGUCAUACAGUACUGCUGGAAAAACAUGUGCACCUCCCUAGCCUAUUCUUGCUCUUGAAAUAAAACAACAAAACUCAUUA